CUAAUGUAGUAUUUGACAUCCGCUUUUGAAUUCAGUGGUUUGCGUUUCCGGUUGCCGUGCCUGUCUUUUCAGCUAAAGAUGGCUCCCAAACCGAAACCUACGGAAAAAUCAGGCGCAAAGUCUGGGGACAAAAAGUCCGCAGAGAAAAAGACAGAAAAGAAGCCAGCGACCGCAGCUUCUUCGACGUCGAAAGUAACGAAACCGGCGGCGAAACCUGCAGCUGCCAAAAAGCCUGCAGCCGCUAAACAAGCUCCGGCUAAGAAGCAAGCACCCGCAAAACCAGCGGCAGCGGCGAAAAAACCAGCAGCAGCUAAACCCGCGAAGAAAAUUCCCAAGGGUGGAAAGACACCGGCGACCGUACAAAAGGCCUUGAAAGCACAAAAGAAGAUCUUAAAAGGAGUCCAUGGAUCACGUGUACGAAAAAUUAGGACGUCAGUCCAUUUCCAUCGGCCAAAGACAUUCAGGCCGCCAAGGGAUCCAAAAUACCCCCGCAAAAGUGUUCCCAACAGGAACCGUAUGGACGCAUUUAAUAUUAUUAAAUAUCCGCUGACAACGGAGGCGGCCAUGAAGAAAAUUGAAGACAAUAAUACACUCGUAUUCAUUGUUCAUACGAGAGCAAAUAAAUAUCACAUCAAGAGCUCAGUGAAGAAACUUUACGACAUUGAUGUCAGUAAAGUGAACACAUUGAUCAGGCCCGAUGGUAAAAAGAAGGCGUACGUUCGCUUGGCAAGGGACUAUGAUGCUCUUGAUGUUGCGAAUAAAAUUGGUAUCAUAUAAAUAAUUUGUAUUAUGAUAAUGAUGAAGAUAAAAAAUAUUGAAAAAUUAA